AUGGCAGAUGUUAAGCCUACUCUCAUUAGGCUUGACGUCUCCGCCAAGUCCAACUACAACUUCGAGAAGCCUUUCCUCUGGCUCGCCCGGAAACUCGUCGGCAACCAGACUCUUGACUUUGUCGCUGCCCCCGCUCUUAGAGAAUGUGAGCGGCCAUGCGGUGACGAUGGGUUUUGCGAGAUUGAGGACAUGGAAAAAUUGGUGGGUUCAGGGCGCGACAAUGGAGUCGAGUGCGGAUAA